CGGGCGCGGGGGGAGCCCGCGCCGCCCCAGCGAGCCAGGAGGGAGGCCGCCGAGCAGCGCGCCCGCCCGGCCCGUCCCGGCCGCCCUGCCCCAUGCCCCAGCGGCGCUGAGCCUCCCGCAGCCCGAACAUGGCCACCACGGCAACGUGCACCCGCUUCACCGACGAGUACCAGCUCUACGAGGAGCUUGGCAAGGGAGCCUUUUCUGUGGUCCGCAGAUGUGUAAAGAAAAGUUCAUCACAGGAAUAUGCUGCAAAAAUCAUCAACACCAAAAAGCUGUCAGCCAGAGAUCACCAGAAACUGGAACGUGAAGCUCGAAUCUGCCGACUUCUGAAGCAUCCAAAUAUUGUGCGGCUCCAUGACAGUAUUUCAGAAGAAGGUUUCCAUUACCUCGUCUUUGAUCUGGUUACAGGUGGGGAGCUCUUUGAGGAUAUUGUUGCCAGAGAAUACUACAGUGAAGCAGAUGCCAGCCACUGUAUUCAUCAGAUACUGGAGAGUGUGAAUCACAUUCACCAGCAUGAUAUCGUGCACAGGGACUUGAAGCCUGAGAAUUUACUACUGGCAAGUAAAUGUAAGGGUGCUGCUGUCAAACUGGCUGACUUCGGACUGGCUAUAGAAGUCCAGGGAGAGCAGCAGGCCUGGUUUGGGUUUGCUGGCACUCCAGGCUACCUCUCCCCUGAAGUCUUAAGAAAAGAUCCUUAUGGAAAACCAGUGGAUAUAUGGGCAUGUGGAGUGAUUCUGUACAUAUUACUAGUGGGGUACCCUCCCUUUUGGGAUGAAGAUCAGCACAAACUCUAUCAGCAGAUCAAAGCCGGAGCCUAUGACUUCCCAUCACCUGAGUGGGACACUGUGACUCCCGAAGCAAAGAAUUUGAUCAACCAGAUGCUGACGAUAAACCCUGCAAAGCGCAUCACAGCUGACCAGGCUCUCAAACACCCAUGGGUCUGCCAACGAUCCACUGUUGCUUCAAUGAUGCACAGGCAGGAGACUGUGGAAUGCUUGAGAAAGUUCAAUGCUAGAAGGAAGCUAAAGGGUGCAAUCCUCACGACAAUGCUUGUGUCUCGGAAUUUUUCAGCUGCCAAAAGCCUGCUGAACAAGAAAUCAGAUGGAGUAAAGCCACAGAGCAACAACAAAACCAGUAUAGUAAGCACUGCAAAAGAAACACCCCCAGUGCAGACGUCCAUGGAGCCUCAAACAACUGUUGUCCAUAAUGCUACAGAUGGCAUAAAGGGUUCCACAGAGAGCUGUAACACUACAACUGAAGAUGAGGAUCUGAAAGCUCCCCCUCUCUCCACCGGGGACGGCAGCUCAGUGCUUGAAGGACGGAGGCACAGUGAGAGCAAAACACAGACUGAGUCCAUGCAGUCCCAGCUUUCUCUCUGUUUCUCAGCCACUACACAGUCUUGUGAAGAGAAGCUUCAUGCCUGGGACAGCCCAGUGCAGACAGUGGAGUUAGAGCGUGCUCGGUCGGAGCCUUUGCUAACUCCAGUAGUUCCUUUUGUACUUAACCGUGCACCGUUGCGUAAGCAAGAGAUCAUUAAGAUAACAGAGCAGCUGAUAGAAGCCAUCAACAAUGGAGAUUUUGAGGCUUAUACAAAAAUCUGUGAUCCUGGCUUGACCUCAUUUGAACCUGAAGCACUGGGGAACCUGGUUGAAGGAAUGGAUUUCCAUAAGUUUUACUUUGAGAACUUACUGUCGAAGAACAGCAAGCCAAUACACACCACCAUCCUGAACCCCCAUGUCCAUGUCAUUGGUGAAGAUGCUGCCUGCAUUGCGUAUAUCCGCCUGACACAGUACAUCGAUGGCCAAGGCCGGCCUCGCACCACGCAGUCUGAAGAGACCCGUGUCUGGCACCGCCGUGAUGGCAAGUGGCUGAAUGUCCACUACCACUGCUCUGGAGCUCCUGCAGCACCUCUCCACAACUUGUGGAGAUACUCAGCUGGAGGGCAAUAUCUUCUUAGCAAGCAGCUCUGGAGUGCCUGAGUGACAGCAACGGUCAUGUCUGUUUUGACAUUAAAAAAAUAAAUACAAAUUACAAACAGGCAGCAGCCAAAUGCACGAAACCCUGCAUGCAUCUGAUGCUCCGGGCGCUGCCUUUCUGUUGUUUUCCAUGGAUCCAUCGUGUCUGUUUCUGCUGUACGAAGGUGUUUUUAAAUCUGAAAAAAAAAGAAAAAAAGAAAAAAAAAGACAUGUUGUUUGUAUAAAAUAAUAAAGAACAGGAAUAAUGCUAAAUAAAUGACAGAUUAUCCAACAUGCCCCCUCCCCCAGGGCUAAGGAAAUGGCAGCAGCUGGAACAUCUUUCAGAAAUUAAGUGAGGGGGAAAGCAAAAGUGAAGGAGAGAGAAAGAGAGAGGGAGAGCAAAAAAGGAGGCAGCUUGGGCAGCGGAUGGCUGAACGGUGCUCCGCAUCACCAUGGUGGAAAGUAACAUCACUUUCAGGCUGUGCUGCUACUUCAGUCCGUGAGAGGUGGCGAGGAGGAAACCCCAGAGGAGCCAGUGUGAAGACUGGGGUUCACAAAAGAGGAGGUGCUUCUCUUCCUGUUCCCCAGUAGACUGACUUCAGCCUGCUGCUUCUUCAAUUUCUGCACAGCAAGAACGCUACAGAAAGCUGGUUGCUUGGCUGCUGGAUCCCAGAACAGACUUCCUUUUUUUUAUUUUGUUUUCUUGUUUCUGUUUUCUUCUUCUUUUUUUUUUUAAUUAGAAAACAAACCCAACAAGGGGAUGUUGAUUUAAAAUUAAAGGUGGAAGUAGGGAUUUUAAAAAAGGGGUUUAAGUGAAUAGAACUUAAAUAGAAGCUUGCUCUUCAGAGAUAUGGUUUUAGAAACAGCCACUACCUGGCCAAACGUGGAGGUUUGAAGCCAGCUUAUUUAAUCUAACAGGGCAAAAGAAGCAUUGUGUUAAGAGCAGAGAUUUUAGAGGAAGAGGGUAUAUGUAUGGGAUUUUCUAAUUUUUGUUUCCUUUUUACUAGUGUAGUUGGGAUCCACAGUGCUGCAGAACACGUGUUCCUUAGGAAGCAGACAAAAACCUUAGUGUUAUGUUCUUCAUGAAAACUUGCACAUACACUCCUAUAUGAGGCAUAAAUAGCGUGUGUUUUUUAUACUGAAAUAUAUGCACCCAUAGAAUUAAAGGGGUUACCUGGCCUCCUGUUUGAUUUGUUUGGUCUCUGAGUAAAAUAGCAAUUGGAGCCAGCAGCCCCAGCCAGGUGCUUCUCCCCACCACUAACCCAUCUGAUGUUUGUAAGUGUCAUGUUUCCUAGUGUUUAUUUGGGUAAUUUUUCUAUUUUUUACAGUGAUGUUGUAACACAGAAAACUAUCAGAUCAGAACCUCAAAAACCAUAGCGGAAGAACUCCAGGCCACCUCCCUGUGUUGCCUCUGGGUGUUAGAGGAUACCUCAUGAAGCAGAGGGGAAAGGGAAUUAGCACAUGUGAUCUGAUGUUUGUCCUUUGGGCCAAUUCAUCUUCCUUUCUUUUCUUUUUUGUUAAAGGAGUCCAGUUCCUUUAUUCAUUGGGUGGGGAAUGUGGAAGUGUUUUGUUGACCUUAUCAAGGAGGGAGCCUAGCCCCAAGAAGAAAAUGGCCUUCUGGUGGACCCUGAUAGGAAUUGUUUUGACCAAGGGAAGGCAUCACUUGCAGAAGCUGGGAUAGGCUUUUACCUGAAUUUCUGUCUCCCCCUGUUCAUUUUUUGGAUCUUUCAAGGGAGUUGAAGUGAUUGCAUUGACAGCAUACUAAGUGUGAGGCAACCUUUUUACAGACUAUGGAAGAGAAGAAAGCCAAUUUAGAAUUUUAAUCCUUAUUUAAGAGAAUGCAGAAAAUAAAAGCUGUUGCACAAAGUGGAGCUGUCACUUUGCAACAGAUAGCUCUGCUCCUUUUGUUAGAGAGGUGCUAUCCCACACUAAGAUUAGAUCAGCUCACCCAUGAUGCAGGAAAAGACCAUCCACACUUCCCAGUUUUGUGUGAGUAGAUAUCCUUUUCUUCCUCCACCACCCCAGGGAAGAGUGUAGGAAUUGAACCUAUGGGGGGCAAACACUAGAUUUUAUUAUUUAGAACCAUUUCUAAGACAGCACUAAGGCAGUGAGUGAAGUGGAAGAGUUAAAAGCCUUGAUAUUUUAUUCAGAUUUUUUUUUGUUUUAAGCCACAAAGAGAGAGCAAACGAGAUUACAAUUAAUGCCAUUUUAAAAAAGAUAAAGACAAAACAUUAUGCAUGCCUUCUUUAGGUCUGACCUUACUUGUCUCUUUUCCUGAUGAUUAUUACUAAUUAAAAAGAACCCUAUGUAUUAAGUAUCUGCAUCUUUCAGAGAAAAUUUUAAAAGAACAGAACUGUUUUUUGGUUUUGCACAGUCUUGGAGACAAACUCUCCUUUGGGUUUUUUUGUUUGUUUUGUUUCCUUUUAAGUUAAUGAGAACCUUAGCUUGGUAUGGCCAUUAUCAAACACAGCUGUACACCUUUAGCAUUCUUAAUGUUCUCUUACGGGGCUAAUAUAAGCAUCUAUAUAAUAUAUAUUAUAAAUAUCACAUUUUAAACAGGAAAUGGAAGGCAUUUGAUGCAGAAUUUUUGCAUGAUAUAGAAAUAAUUAAAGUUAGCUAGUGUUUGUUUGUUUGGUCUGAAUGUUGGUAGAACCUUCAUAGCUUUGUUACAAUGAAACCUUGAACUGAAGAUAUUUAAUAAAAUAACAUUUAAACAGUGCAAA